AGACCGAAGAAGGUUUGGUGGAUAGCAGAACCUUUUUGUCUCCCUCUAAUUGCUCCUAAGCCUCACGCUCCCUUGCCCCGCGUGUCCUGUUGCUUCCCUGAUCUUCUCCGUGACCUGUAGCUAAGCCUUCCACCAGCGCUUGAGUACUUAAUUUGAACCGGAUCCUUUCCCAGACCCUUUCUUCUUCUCCUCCUCCUCCAGGUGCCCAACAGCCCCCUUCUCCUCCUUUCCCUUCCCUUACUUCCCCCCUUCCCCUCCCCUUCCCCUCCCCCUCCCCUCCCCCUCCCCAACUCAGAUCCCGGCCCGGUCCCCGUCCCCUUCCCUCCCCCCUGCCCUAAGCCACCUCCACCUCUGUCCUGGCCGCCUCAGGGCGCCCUGAAAGGACCAGGACAUGCGGGUGCGGUGGAUGCUCUUUUGGCUCCUCUUUUGGCUCCUGCUGGAAUUUAUCAGCCAUCAGUGCAUCUCUGUUAUCAAUAUUCUGGCUGACCAUCAUCAUCGUGGGACUGACUUUGGUGGAAGUCCUUGGUUAGGUAUCAUUAUUGAAUUUCUGAGAAGUUAUAAAGUUGUCAUUACCCUCUGGACAGUUUACCUUUGGUUGUCUUUCCUGAAGACUAUCUUCCAGUCUGAAAAUGGACAUGAUGGAUCCACAGAUGUACAGCAGAGAGCCAGGAGGUCCAACCGCCGUAGACAGGAAGGAAAUAAAAUUGGCCGGAAAGACGCCAUUACUCUACGGAGACAUGUGAAAAGAAAAGUUAGAGAUAAAAUCCAUAAGAUGAAGGUGACACCGAAAAUCAACCAUCAUGACAAAAUCAAUGGAAAGAGGAAGACCGCCAAAAAACAGAAAACGUAUCAACCUGCGCAAGAGUUGCGGCGGCGGGCAGAGGACUACCACAAAUGCAAAAUCCCCCCUUCUGCAAGAAAGCCUCUUUGCAACUGGGUCAGAAUGGCGGCAGCGGAGCAUCGUCAUUCUUCAGGAUUGCCCCACUGGCCCUACCUCACAGCUGAAACUUUAAAAAACAGGAUGGGCCACCAGCCACCUCCUCCAACUCAACAACGUUCUAUAACUGAAAACUCCCUGAGCCUCAAGACACCUCCCGAGUGUCCGCUCCAUCCCCUUCCACCCUCAGCGGAUGAUAAUCUCAAGACGCCUCCCGAGUGUCUCAUCACUCUUCUUCCACCCUCAGCUCCACCCUCAGCUCCACCCUCAGCGGAUUAUCAUCUCAACAGGCCUGCCGAGUGUCUGCUCUAUCCCCCUCCACCCUCAGCGGAUGAUAAUCUCAAGACACCUCCCGAGUGUCUCAUCACUCCCCUUCCACCCUCACCUCCACCCUCAGCUCCACCCUCAGCUCCACCCUCACCUCCACCCUCACCUCCACCCUCAGCUCCACCCUCACCUCCACCCUCAGCUCCACCCUCACCUCCACCCUCAGCUCCACCCUCACCUCCACCCUCAGCGGAUUAUAAUCUCAACAGGCCUGCCGAGUGUCUGCUCUAUCCCCCUCCACCCUCAGCGGAUGAUAAUCUCAAGACACCUCCCGAGUGUCUCAUCACUCCCCUUCCACCCUCACCUCCACCCUCAGCUCCACCCUCAGCUCCACCCUCACCUCCACCCUCACCUCCACCCUCAGCUCCACCCUCACCUCCACCCUCAGCUCCACCCUCAGCUCCACCCUCACCUCCACCCUCAGCUCCACCCUCACCUCCACCCUCAGCUCCACCCUCACCUCCACCCUCACCUCCACCCUCACCUCCACCCUCACCUCCACCCUCAGCUCCACCCUCACCUCCACCCUCAGCGGAUGAUCAUCUCAAGACACCUCCCUUAGCUACUCAGGAGGCUGAGGCAGAAAAACCACCCAAACCCAGGAGGCCGAGGGCCGAUGACGUGGACCCAUCAUCGCCCGAACCCAAGAGGCGGAGGGCCGAUGACGUGGACCCAUCAUCAUCCACACCCAAGAGGCGGAGGGCCGAUGACGUGGACCCAUCAUCAUCCACACCCAAGAGGCGGAGGGCCGAUGACGUGGACCCAUCAUCACGCAAACCCAAGAGGCGGAGGGCCGAUGACGUGGACCCAUCAUCAUCCAAAGCCAAGAGGCGGAGGGCCGAUGACGUGGAACCGUCAUCACGCAAACCCAAGAGGCGGAGGUUGAGUUAGCUGAGAACAGGCCAUUGCACUCAAGCCUGAGCAAUAAGAAUAAAAUUGAGUAGAACAAAAUAAAAAAAUCAAAAAACAAAACAAAACCCACACUCCAAAAACAAACUAACAAAGAAUAAAUAAAUAAUAUAAAAAUAAAAUAUAUACUGCAGUC